CAGGGCCCGUGAGACAUAGGGCUCCGAUUCUCACAGAGAGAGAGAGAGAAGCAACAAAAUUCAGAGAGGAAAACAAUGGUGUGCGAGAAGUGUGAGAAGAAGCUAUCGAAGGUGAUAGUGCCGGACAAGUGGAAAGAAGGAGCGAGCAAUACCACAGAAGGCGGUGGCCGCAAGAUCAACGAGAACAAGCUCCUCUCCAAAAAGAACAGGUGGACUCCUUAUGGAAAUACCAAAUGCAUCAUAUGCAAGCAGCAAGUACACCAGAAUGCCAAGUACUGUCACACUUGUGCUUAUUCCAAAGGUGUCUGUGCAAUGUGCGGUAAGCAAGUACUUGACACCAAGUUAUAUAGACAAAGCAAUGUAUGAUGCGACCCAGAUACUAGUUGGUGUUUUCUGUUAAAGUGAUAACUUUUAGCAGCAUUGUCUUUCUCUCAUGAUUGGUGCCUGUUAUUGAGCAACAAAUCACUCAAAUCACAAUUGUGGCUGUAAAAGUUCAAUGACUAUGACAUGUACUUGGUGGUAAUGCACAGCAAUAACUUUUUACAUGGAUUUAUUAGUGUUUCUAUGUAAAUCUAUAUUUUAAAUGGGCCACUCUGUCUAUUGAUGCAUGCUUCAAUGUAUUUUUCUCUUGCAUCUA